CUCGGUCCCCAGACAACGCGAGAUCCGCUGCCAGGACGUGGCUCCACCCCCGCCCCGCCCCGCCCGCGUCGGUGUGCGCAUGCGUUGAGCUUUUUUGGCGCGCAAACCUUUCAAAACUUCCUGCUUGGUCACUGGUGGGCCUGCUCGCCCCCGAGGGAUGUGUGUCCGGUUGGAGCCAGGGAUGCACGCCCACAGCAUCACGUCCUUAGGGAUUUUCGGUCGAAAUUCCACUUGAAUGGGACAUGGAACACCUGCACAAACUGGAUUUUUGCUCUGUAACAUCUCAAAGGAAGCAACUCGGAAAGCGCAGGAUAAAAUUACCAGAUUGAGAAGAGAAAGUGAGGGAAGCCAGAGGUCUGUGUGCCCGAGUCUUUCCCUUUUCAUAUGGAGAUUAUCAGAUCAGAGCCAAUCAGGUCAGAGAUUUCUGCUGCUUUGCUCCUGAAAAGAGGAGUGGGGGAAGGGAGAGAGAAGAUGGCCACAUUUUCCCCCCCAAGCCACAUGAUCCGUUUCCCAUGUGACACAUUCCAGAGCCGUGGAAAGGAGAAGGGAGGGGCACUGAGACAGUGGGGCUGGGGGUUGGAAGAUGGUUUAGCAGUGAACCUUCACAGCGUCAUCUUCUCUUUCUACCAGGAAGCAGGCUGAGGGCUGAGGGAAGGCAGAGGGGAGAUAUGAAUGUGUUCCGAAGGUUUCCUGGUGGCUCCUGGCAUCCUGCAAAGUCCUGUCUGCGAGCUGUCCCUGACCAAGAAGACCCACGGAGCCUGUCUCUGAAAUCCAGUCCCAAUGAAGAACUAAGAGCAAAGAGUGACUAUGGUUUUUGCUCACAGAAUGGAUAACGACCAGCCACCUGCGGUGACUGCUACCCUGCUGGUGCCCCUUCAGAACCACAGCUGCGUGGAAGCAGCUGAGACCCUGCUGCCCCAUGGCCUGAUGGGAUUGCAUGAGGAGCACAGCUGGAUGAGCAACCAGACAGACCUUCAGUACGAGCUGAACCCUGGAGAGGUGGCCACCGCCAGCAUUUUCUUUGGCGCUCUGUGGUUGUUCUCUAUCUUUGGCAAUUCCCUGGUGUGUCUGGUCAUCCACCGGAGCCGGAGGACUCAGUCCACCACCAACUACUUUGUGGUGUCCAUGGCGUGUGCUGACCUUCUCAUCAGCGUGGCCAGCACGCCGUUUGUUGUGCUGCAGUUCACCACGGGGAGGUGGACCCUCGGCAGCGCCAUGUGCAAGGUGGUCCGCUACUUCCAGUAUCUCACCCCAGGCGUUCAGAUCUACGUGCUCCUCUGCAUCUGCAUAGACCGCUUCUACACCAUCGUCUACCCACUGAGCUUCAAGGUGUCCAGGGAAAAGGCCAAGAAAAUGAUUGCAGCCUCCUGGAUCUUGGAUGCAGCCUUUGUGACGCCUGUCUUCUUUUUCUACGGCUCUAACUGGGAUGGUCACUGUAACUACUUCCUCCCUCCCUCCUGGGAGGGAACUGCCUAUACUGUCAUCCACUUCUUGGUGGGCUUUGUGAUCCCCUCCAUCCUCAUAAUCCUGUUUUACCAGAAAGUCAUAAAGUAUAUCUGGAGAAUAGGCACUGACGGGCGGACCCUGCGGAGGACUAUGAACAUCGUCCCCAGGACAAAGGUGAAAACCGUCAAGAUGUUUCUCCUCUUGAACCUGGUGUUCCUGUUCUCCUGGCUGCCUUUCCACGUGGCUCAGCUCUGGCAUCCCCAUGAGCAAGACUACAAGAAGAGCUCCCUGGUCUUCACUGCAGUCACGUGGGUAUCUUUCAGCUCCUCCGCCUCGAAACCCACUCUGUACUCCAUUUAUAAUGCCAAUUUUCGGAGAGGGAUGAAAGAGACUUUCUGCAUGUCCUCCAUGAAAUGCUACCGCAGCAAUGCCUACACCAUCACGACCAGUUCAAGGAUGGCCAAGAGAAACUAUGUGGGCAUUUCAGAAAUCCCUCCCGUGAGCAGGACGAUAACCAAAGACUCCAUCUAUGACUCAUUUGACCGUGAGGCCAGGGAGAAGAAGCUUGCCUGGCCCAUCAACUCAAACCCACCAAACACUUUUGUCUGAUUUCUAAGAACUCUUUCACUGUUAACGUGCCAGAGAUUAAAAAGCUUUCACUAUAAAGGGA